AUGGCAGACGAUGUAUUGGAUAGAUUGGAAAGUAUGAGUUUAACUGCAGAAGAAGAAGACAUAAUCGUAAUUCCUGAGGAAGGAAGACGGGAAGAGAUAGAAAGUUGUACGCUGAGCUUGAUCGGAAAAUUUCUCACGUGCAAACCUUUCAACAAAAGGGCGGCAAAGAAUACUAUUCGUAGAGCUUGUGGGUUAGACGAUGGGUUACAAAUUGUGGAGGUUGGAGCAAAUUUGUUUCAGUUCAAAUUCAAAACAGAGUUUGACUUGGAGCGAAUUCUUACGGGAGGACCAUGGACUUUUGACAACCAACUACUUAUGCUGAAGAGGUGGCAAAAGGGUAUGAAUUCCAGCAAUGUCAAGUUAGAAUCUGCAUCUCUUUGGGUUCAAAUAUGGGGGGCGCCGUUCGAUAUGUUCUCCCCAUCUGUGGCGAGGGUGGUUGGGAGUAGAUUGGGUGAGGUGGAGGAGGUUGAGCAACGGCGUAAUUAG